AAUAAUUAACAAUACCAAUGCUUUUCGAAAAAGACAAAGUUUAUAAAUCUGUACAAUAUUUUGAUUUCCGUUAAUAAUUUCAUUUGAAAUAUGUUUAAGGAGUCUCUAGACCCCUUUAAUUGUAUGUAUUUCAACGAAAGCAAAAUAUUACUUUAUAUUCUUCAUAAACAAACUCGAUUUUACUCAAUAAUUUGAUGUUAGGAUAAAACAUGACAUUUGGAAUAUGUUUAAGGAAUGCCUAGACCCUUCGACUGUACAUAUGUAUUUCUAUUAUUGAUAUCAACGAAUGCAAAAUAUUACUUUAUGUUGUUGAUACACAAACUCGAUCUUUGGUACAGUACAAUAGAUGGCUUAUGGCCAAUCUCGAUCUUACUUAAUAAUAUGAUGUUAAGAUAAUAAAUGUCUUAAAUAAAACUAAAUAUAAUCAGCUGGAAAGUAUAUUAUUUUGAAAUCAUAUUGACCAUUUUGUCACCUUAUAUAAAAAUAAUAUCUGUUUUAAACAUAUUAAAUUGUUCGAAAUGUAUAAGAUGGUGAUAUAAAAAAAUAUAUGGCAUGGUAGAUAUGAAAGUUGUCGAUUCUUUUUUCAAUCGUUACAUUAAUUUGUAGUCGCUUCAUAAUUUCAUUAAAUAUUUCUGACUAGAUUUGUAAAUGCAUCACUGUCCGUUUUGACCUGACGAUUUGAUUGCCCAUUCACAAUUUGUACAUUUUUGUGUUAUAUUUUGUCUCUUUCAUAAGGAAGUCACCAAAUAGUAAUGUCCGAAAGAGAUAGUAAUAAUAUUUUUAUUUUACUUUUCGCCAUUUCCUUUUGGUAUUAGGAAUAAUUUUUCGCCUUGAGUUGAAGGAAGGUUUUGUCUUACAUUAAUAAAAAAAAUAGUUUUCCAUUGAGAUUAGUUGAAAAAUAUAUCGAAUCUAUCUAUAUUGAAUAUCAAGAGAGAAGUGCAGUAGCGGUUUGGUCGAAAAUAAAGUCAACUAAUCAUGUGAAGUAUUGAAUUGAAACUGAUGGGAGUAUCCUAAGGAUUGUGGGCUUAAAAAGAGUGCGGCACAAAAUCAGGAAUUUUGAGUACACAAGUUGCAAGUUUGUUGCAAAAAUGUCAGACGAUAACGUUUAUAAGGAUGGCGACAUCGUUUGGGUGAAACUGGGCAACAAUUGGUGGCCCGGUGAGGUGACCGAUGUGCAUCGCCAACCCGAUGGCCUCCUCAAACAACUAAAGAAGAAACCCUAUUGCGUUGUAAAAUUUUUCCAAGAAGAUGCCUAUGAAUAUAUAAAGAGUGCAAAACAAAUAUUUCCUUUCCAAUGCAGCAAAAAAGAUGAGUUCAUCAAAAAGGGGACUGCUUUAUAUAAUGCCAAAAAUAAAUUUAUGGAGAAGUUCCCAUCAGAUGUGGAGAUCGCUGAGCGUUUAACACGUAAAGCUGUUGAUUCAGAUAUGUUUAUUAUAAAUGAUCGACCAGAUAGUAUUGUCAAGGCGAUACUCGGACCGACAUUUACACGACGCAGUAACGAUUACUACGACAAUGAAUACAACAAUAGUUAUAACAAUGACUACAACAAUAAACGCAGAAGUGGGGAUUCUGUAACCAAAAUCCUCAACAUUACACCAAAACGUACAACAACAACUAAUCGAAAUCCUGAUAUAGGAAAAUCAAAAGCUUCACCGCAUAUCAGUACAAGUUUUGUAACGAACGCCUCUAUGCCCAGCAGUGGAGAAACGAAUUUUUAUCGAUGUAAUAUGUGUGAUUUCUCAAGCCAAAGGCAAAAUGUUAUGAUAUUACAUCGACGCACGCAUAGCGGUACUGGGACGCCGACAUCUGCGCAGACACCUUCAACCUCCAAUGCACGCAAGAUACCCUCGGCUACUAUAACGUCAGCGAGCGAGUCAAAGAGCUCCAUCACUGCCAUGACUUGCAAGCUACAGUCGCCUACAACAUCUUCGAAAUCGGAACGAAACUCUUUGAGCGAAGAUGAUGACCAGAAAUAUCCUAUAAUACUUGACACCAACAAAUUGCAAAUAGCAAAAUCUACAAAAAAAAUGUCGUUACCGGUGAAUAGUCGAGGCGUUAGUAGCACGAAACACAAGCCUUAUCCGUUGUCCGGAAGCGAAAGAGCAAGUCGAUCUGCUGCUGCAAGCACAUCGCGUGAGAAUUCGCAUACAUCGUUACGCAUUGAUGCCGAUGUAAAAGAGAUUACAUUGCCCGACGGAAUGCCGAUUUCAUCCAUAAAGGGAGAGCAGAAAUUGAGUAUUGAAGACGAUACCACCGAUAACUCAUCGUCACACACGACGGAGGACCUAUUGAGAUCAUGCAGUCCGCGAAAGCACAACAUUGAAUCUGCUGACAUGGUGGAUAACAAAUCGACUGUGCUGAAAAGUACAGCUGAAGAAAUACGCCUGCGGCUGCUGGCCGACUGGAGCGACGGCGAAAAAGAGGAUGAGGUGGUUGACGGCUUUAAAGAGAAUACCAGUCGUGAAACGGCUUCAACGACAGAAACAACACAAUACAAAUUAGAUAAGUUAAAGACAAGCAGUGAAGCAACAGCAGUGAAAAGUGAGAACACUCCAUUCGAUGCUGUAACACCCGUAUGUGCAACAGUAAAUAACAUUUCUGCACAAACUUCGCAUCAGACUCAACAUCAAAAUCGUAUUAGAAACAUACCGAAGAAAGAUCGACGUGACGCGGUAUUAAAAGAAUUCAUAAACGACUAUACUGUAGAGUUACCAACAGUAGUUGAUAAUCUGGAGAAUAUAAACUACAAUAGCAGCAACAGCUCUGAUUCGGUGGUUGUAGUAGCGGUUGUGCCGCCAAAUAGUGGUGAAACAAUUAUUCUCGAUGACAAUACAGGCACGGAUGGCGAAACAGAAACAACGGUAGGAAAAGAUGGAUUGGAUAGAAAUGAAGCAACGACGAACAAUAAACAAUUCAGCGAUAUAACAAAAGAGCACAGUUCUGUUACGAGCGUGGUACAAGAAGAACACUUAUCUGAGGAAAAUUUAAAUGAGGAAUCUUUUGUUGAAAAGGAAGUGUCGGUGCCAAUAGAAUGUAGUGACACAUCGGCUAAUCAAGAACAGUUGGAGAGGCUUGAAGAUAGACACAAUGAAGCAUUUAAGUCGGAACAACAAGAAAACGGAGAAGCAUUAAUUUUAGUUCCUAGUGUAAUUCGGCAAAUUGAAUUUGAAGCCACUGAGGAAAAUGUACAAAGCGAACCGAACGAAGAAAAUAAAAACGAUUUGAAGUUAGAAAGCGAAAAUGUCAAACAAUCGAAACUAAAAAGUCGCGGGAAGACACAAAAAUCGAAUGAAAGACAGAAAAAUAUAAAGGAAGUUCUGAAAGAUAGUACAGAAAAUAUAACAACAAAUAUAAGAGCGGAGGAAGGGCCAAACGUAGGAACUGCACAUGAAACCGUGGCAGAACUUACGUUAGCAUCACCACAGCGUUUAAUAGAAGAAGAGCAACCACAGACCAGCACAGCUGCGAAUCCACGCUCCGAUUGCUUUGAUUUUCAAGAAGAAGAGGACGAGACUUGCAGUGAUACUUUAAAAUCCAUAGCCGAUUUCAAAAAGAAAUAUCUCUCUCCCGAGAAAGGACCAGACAAAUCUCAUUCUGAUAAUUGCAUAUUGCCCGAAAAUGAAACUGAACAAAAGGAUCAACAGCUUGCGGAUGACAUCGAAAAAUUGCUCGAACAAACAACGGCACCUAAUAUUGCUGAUGAGGUCCCUGGUGCGGUUGUUUCACGCACACACUCGUACGGCAGCAGCAAAGAGGAAUUGCCAGUUAAGGGUUUACCAAUUAAGGAACGAGGUAAGCGUAUAUUCAAAUCACGCAAUCGUUCAAGAAUUGAAGAGCUACAAACAUCAACAGCAGUAACUUCGGAAAUUGUUCUGCCAGAGGAAGCAAUAGAUGCUACAGAACCAAAAAUGGAUGAAAAUGGAACGGUGACAGUUAUUGAACAAGUCCAAGUAGAGACAGAAAAUAAGUUCUGUGAGGAAGUUGAAUCGAAAACAAAUGCGGAGCAACAAAAGCAAUCAGCUCCAAUGGAUGGCGAUGAAGUGUAUAAAAAUUCUUUACAGUCUGUGGCGCACACGGCACUUGUUGUAGAAAUGAGCGUUGUAAAUACGAAUGAUUGCCAAGUAAUGGAACAAGAUAUAGAGAAUGAAGGAUGUGGUGAAAUCGUUCGUUGUGAUGCCGUCGAAGAGACAACUGUUUUAAAAGUGAAAAAUUUAAAAAAUGGUUCUUUGGCUACUCCAACUAUAGCAAUGAAGUUCUUACAUUGUGCCAGCGCGGAACAAAAGAUAUCCGAAAUAAGCGAAUCUAAUGAGACAAAUUUAAGUACAACUGUGGAACAGGUUCAUGAUGCCGAUGACUUACAAUUCUCAAAACAAAAUAUUGAAGACACAGAACGGAGCAACGGUUGUGAACUCGAAAAUUCCGAGCCAAUUGUGGAGGACAAUGUAGAAGAAGCUAAAAGGAUUCCAACACAUGAACAACUUGAAGACGAGCUGAAAACAUCAGAAGAUCAUAAAAAUACUGCCGACAAUUCUGCAGAAUUGAAUUACAUAAAAGAAGCCUACAAAAUAUCCACAGAUAUAAGUGAGAUCGACAAAACCGAAGAAAAAUCAGAGGACGUUGGAAACUCUAAAGACCAGUUUGAAUCUAAUGCUUUAGGCGAAAAAGAAAUGCUAAAGAAAGAUCUUAGUAAUUAUUUAAAUGAUCUGCAGCCUUCAACAGCAUUAUCCCAUAUAAAUCAAGAUUCAAAUUUGAUCGAUUCACAUACGACUGCAAACAAAGAGCAAACUGAAGUGACGGUAAUAGAGCAACGGGCAAAUAACGACUAUAAAGAGUUAGAAAACGAAACGGAAAUCCCUUUGUCUGUAAAUAUGAAGAAUGAUGCCGUGGAAGAACAGCAACAUGGCGUCAUGUUGUUAGGCGAAGAAGCGCCACAAAGCCGUCUGACUUCGCCAACUGACGACAACAGUUCGAUUUGCAUUUCAGAAGCGGGUGCUGAGUUUGGAUCGCCGACCUCAAUGUUAGACGAUGAACGUUUACCAACUUUGACUGACAGGCUGAUGACACCCACAGAUGGGUUGGUAGAGGCCAUACCUUCACCAAAUGAUGAAGCUAAAAUACCAGUGGAACAAGAAAUGAAUGUUGAAGAAGAACAUGAAAACUUAAACGAUGUGCAAAAUAAAAAGAAUGAAUCAACAGAUCAAGUUCCUGUGCCAUUAGACGAGAGCAAAGAUGUUGCAGUAACUAAACAGCAGGAAAUAGCAGAAGAGAUCGUGCAAGAAAUAACAACCGAAAGUGAAAUAAUUGAGAAUGAAACUCGCACAGAUAUUCUUGAAGAAUGUGAUGGAGGUACGAACAAUGAAAAAAUCGCCUUAGCAGCGACAACUGUUCAACAGAAUGAUAUCGAAGCUGUAGUAGAGGAUAAGGAGCUUUCCAGUGAACAAAAGGAAAAUAAUAGUGAAAUGAACGAGGGCAAUGAGCAGGUCGCAAGUGAUUUUAAUGACGCAGUUAUUCCCGAAGAAACUAAUAAUGAAGAAACACAGUUUUCAGAAUGCAAUGAUAAUGUAAUUGAUACACUGCGUUUCGAAAAUGGUGAAAUUGAAAACCAAACUGAACUUCUUGAAAAAAGCAUAAGUGAAGUACCAGUCGAGACAAAGCAAAAAGAAACUGAAAGCAGCGCUUGUAACAGCGAAGUUGCAGCAGAUAUUGUAAAUAACGUUAUUGAAGAGCAUAAUGAAGUCAAUGAAAAUCUGCAGUCCAAGGCAGAGGACAAUGUUGUUGAAGAUACAAUUGUUGCAGAACAGUCAGAGAUAGAAAAUGGCGGAAAGCAAGUAGACGACGAAACAGUGAGCACGAAUGUUUUAAAUAAUGAAAUAUCUGAUAAAUCAUCAACUCCAAUCAUUGAGCAUACACAAACGGAAGAAUCCGAUGCGGAUGACGAUUUCAUUGAGAGUCCUCCACAUGAGCCGCUUUCCGGACAUGAAGGGGAAGACGAUACAGACAUAAUGACGGUUAAAACGAAAAUUUUGAAUAAAACACAGACGCGUCGUUCAAAUACAAGAAGAACACAAUCACCAGAAGCUAUAUUGAAUUCACCAGUUGAUGUUAAGGUUGAUCAACAUAAACCUGCAAUACCGAAUUCCGCGAGCAACUCACCAAAAUCUUUUACCGACUUUACCAAAGAACCGACUAGCAAAAAACGACAUACUCGAGCAUCGAAACAACAACAAGUGAAGUCGAAUGAUUAUAUGAAAGAGCUAGAUUUAACUGAUUUAAAUGUAGCGACAAAAUUUGAAAACAAUGAGAAGAAUAAUACGACAAUACGUCAAAGUCAACGAAGAUCAACAAAAGCUGCGAAAUUAACAGAAACAGAAAACGAAAACAAAACGACUGAAAAACGCGAUGAUGUUGUUGCUGCCGAUUCUGAAACUGAAGUUGCUGCUGGCGAUCAACUAGCAGUUAAUAAUCUGAAUAUUACAACAGCACAACCACAAAAUGAAUGGUCUGAACCAACAUUAGUUGUUUUGUCAACCGAUACAUACGUUGCUUCACAACCCGACGAGCAGAUUAUUGAAUAUCCAACUGAUCAAGCAGCUGUAAAUGUCACUCCUGUGGCAAAGUCUGGAUCUUCUCGCAAACGACGCAGCGCAACCAAAUCCACUCCUCAACGCAAUACGGCCGCGGCCCAAAAUUUCUUUAUGCAAGAAAACAAUUUAAAUAACGAAGAAGAGAGUACACAUCGUGUGAAGACUAGAAAACUGGAGAGUCCAAGUAUCAACUGUACAAGUAUUGACACUACGCAAACCACUGAGGAGUUCAAAACUACGACAGUUGAGAUACCGAACUAUGAAGAUGAAAAUAAUAGUAAUUAUAUAAAGGAAGUGGAGCGAUCUGAAGAAACUGUCGACUGUACUGACAAUGGACCAGACUCUCUCAUAAUAGAGGAUGACCAGUGCAUAAUUGAAGAAGUUUACCUGAAUGAGACAAUGUCAAUGCAACAAAUAGGAUUAGAGGCAUCGCCAGAUAAUGAUGCCACGAAAGAAAUGGAUACUUCAGGAACAACUGAGACUGAGAUAAAUUCAAUUGGGACUAUUGAUGUACCCAACGUAGUGGAGUAUGUAAACUACUCUUCCAUUGAACAGCAGCAACCGAUCGAAGAGGUAAUAGUUGAAGCGGCCAGUACAGUGGAAGCAGCUACGGAUAUUGACACGCUUCGAAAUAUGGACGAGAGUGCAAAUAUUUCAAAUGAGACGUUGAAUAAGCAGCGGGUAUCCCCAAGUAAUCAACAACCUAAAGUAGACAACACAUGCAUAAAUAUUUCUCCCAUGGAGAAAGUCCGCAUCAACGUCGAUGUCGCCAAUCCACUCUCCACACAAAUAGCUAAUAUUUUAGCUACAAAGUCUGCCGGUGGUGCAGCGUCCACAGCAGCAAAGCAACGGAAGUCCAAUCUCGAAGAAUCUAUACCAUCUUUUAUAAUCGAAAGGCCAGGACAGGGAGUGGGUUCACAUCAACAACAACAACAUGCAUCAUCUACCGGUUUAGAGUUUAUUGGCGAGCAAGAUGCCGUUGCACACGUGCAGCAAAUGUGUCCCCAGGUGAAAAUUACCCGCAAAGAAAAAUUGAUUGAAGUACCGCAAACAGCUGCCGUGAUACAGCAGGAACAAAUUGUGGCUACUUCUGGUACCAUGUUCGACAUCAGCAAUAUGCCUAUAGUACUCGGUAAUGAACACUUUAUGUCGGCACAGGGCGAUAUGCAGAUUGUUUUGACUUCAUCCGCAGAGACGGAACCACAUUUACGUUCAGACGGGCCACAGAUUUUACAGCAACAAAUUAUACAACCUGCAUACAGAUCGACGCAACAAGUUGCUCAGCAACGGCAACGCAAGCGUUCCGCAAGUCAACAACAGCAGCAACAACUGCAACCAGCCAGCGGUAUGGGCGGCAAUAAGCAUGGUGUAAUCAUAAUUAAGGCGGCGCAAAGUGAUUUGAUAAUACAACAGACACCUUCACUGCAAGGAACACAAGCGCAAUCGCAGGCGAUUGCCGGUGGCGCAACACAACAGUUCUCUUCGUCGUCCACCGAUACAACGACUACAUAUAAUCUCGGUUCGGGUGUCACUUUGCGUCCAAUUGCUGAACCGAAACAAAAACAACAACAACGCCAGCAACUACAACAGCAAGUGGCUGGAAAUAAGUCAAAGUCCACGGCGUCUCAAUUAACUUCAACAGGUGGUCGCAAACAAGCUGGCAAUACAUUAACAUUGCCAAGCAGUAUUACGGUGAAGCAUCGACAACAGAAAAAUACGGAUGAUCCAUCAAAUGUAGUGCUUAGUGAACAGCCAUCGCAACUGACUCCGUCGAUCAAUGUCAGCAGUGGCACUAAAGCACAGAAGCGUAAUCACCCAACGACGAACUCUCGACGCGCACAAACUCAGACGCAAGUAGUUCAGCAACGACGAUUAACUGCUACCACGUGCAAUUUGGUGGAACUCCAGCAGCAAGAUCAACAACAUACUACUAGUGACAAUUGUGGAUCGCUAAAUCGGCGUUUGAGCCAUACGGACGGACAUGCACCACCGCCGGCAAAAGUAUGUCGUAACACAGCUGCAAACACGUCGGAUUUCGACAACCAAAGAGAGCCAACAUUUGCAGCGACGGCGGAACAGCAACUUUUGCAACUGCAGCAGCAGCAGCAACUACACCAACACACAGUACAAUCUCCGACGACGACGACGCAGCCACCGCCACUGCAUCCGUUACACAAUCGCAAGCAACGGCAUUCAUCGCAACACAAUCGGCGAAUGAGCACAAAAGCCGAUGUGUCGGGUCAAAUGUGCGUGCAAGAGCAACAACAACGAUUGCAGUCAACGCAGAUGGUAUUGUUGGAGCAACAGCAACAACAGAGUUUGGAACAACAACACCAAGAGCAGCACAUGACUGCAGAAUUAGCAGCGUCAUCGCCGUCAGCUGAAAUUAUUCCAGCGGAAUUUGAAGCAAUACAAUUGCAAGAGCAAGUGCCUGAAGUCUACACCGAAGAGAUUUUAGCUGAGGAAUUCGAAGCGAAUGAGCAUACUCCGUCAGUAAUAGCCGUGCCGUCACAAUCUGUGCCAGGCUAUCCCGACACAUUAUUAUUGUGUCGAAAAGUGGGUGAUGAUUGGGUGCCGAUCGUAGCUCAGCCUUAUUACUAUACGCGCUGUGACCAGCAAUUAAGACCCAUACCAAAGGAGGUGCUUAUCGGACACCCAAUAUUGACGCCGAAUGCAGAUAAAACGCCGGAAUUCCAUACCGCCGAAGUUGAGACGGAAGAUGUGCAGACGGCCGCUGGAAAUGAAGCGUACAAAGGAGAGACCGGCGUCACCAUUUUGAUUGGAUCUGAACUGGUACACAUGGAGUGGGAUCAGUUUUUGGAGGUGAUGCGUUCAACUGAUGAUUUGUUCGACUUACGUGAUCAUCUGGGACGCGUAUUCCAGCUGACGCGCGAUGCAUUGGAUACCUUACAACAGGAUGCAAAUUUGCAAGAAAAAUAUCGGCAAUUACAACAGUUGUUGGAGGAACAACAGUUAGAGGAGCAACAGCAACUUGAGCAACAAGAGUUAUUGCAACAACAAUUCAUACAGCAGUUGCAAACAGUUACAGUUGCUGGAGAUGAAGGAUUAGAAGCCGACAUCAUACCAUUGCUACAAAUAGACACAUCGCAAACGUUACAACUUAUCGGUACGGAUGACGGCAGUCUUAUUCUUCAAUCGGCCCUAACGCAACCACCGCUUUCUCCACCCUGCACGCGCCCCGCGCUAACAAAUGCGACAAAUGCGUUGCUAAAUCAAACGCCCAUCAUGUCACCGCUGGAGAAACCAUCCACAGCGGCUGCCACCGCUUUAUUAGCCGAAAAUUCGGGACAACACAUCGAUCUGUCGUCAGCCACAGCACCCGACCAUCUGGUUGCAGGCGGUUUUAUUGCGGCGGAUUCAGCAAGCGACAUGCAAGUUUGUCGACCCACUUUAGGCGACAGCUUGGCCGUUAUAGGAGUUGUGCCCACUCAACCCACACUGCUGCCCACCACCGUAACCAAUCCAGCGAUUGCACCGCCAAAGUCUGAUUUAAUACCGAACAUGACAACGGCAGCGCAAAUGCACGCGCAAUAUCGUCAUGCACAACGGGCCAUAUACAAUGAUCCUGGCAGUUAAUAUUGCCCCAAUAUGCUCUAUUUAGACAAUGUACACAAUGGUCUAGUAGAGGAUGUGCGUAGAACGGGCAAUACUGCGUUGGAAGUGGGCGUUGGUAAUGCUGUGGAAGCUGCGGAGGACGGUGUUGGUAUGGGGGUGGAUGGAGUGAAUGAAAUGAAUGAUGUGAAUAUGGAUACAAAUGUGGUAGGUUUCAACGAACAUUACUUUUUCAAUUAGAGUUCCAUCACACACUCACCUCAACUGUCUUUUCCUGCAGACCUUUCCCAUAUGUUUCUAACAAUUUUAUUACGUAGUAAUAGCUAUUUAGUGUGCGAUUUAGUUGUAAAAUAUAGUUACAUUAACUUUAUUAUCAGUGUAUGAGUGUGUAUUGUAAAAAGCUGUAAAUUCGCUUUACAUUUAUUUUUAUAAAAUUUUAAAAAUUAUAAAAUUAGUUUACUUUAAUUAGUACGAGUAUUAUAUUGUUUGUGUAAGUCGGCACUGAGGUAAAUUAAGUUGGUCAGUGCCGUUAUAUAUUCUCUCAAAUAUUGCUUUCAAUUAUACUUAUUUUCAAAGUACAAUAACUAACUGUCCUGUAAUGAAAUUCUGAAACUGGAAUGAGAUGCCAUGCGAAUGCUUUUGCAACGCAUUACAGUUUAAAAUCAUUUAUUUUCAUUUGAGAGCCGUUUCUAACACAGCCCCAAUAUUUGGAGCAUUAAAUGUACUCAAAUAUAUAUACAAAUCCAUGCGUAUAUAUAUACAGAGGUAAUCGAAAUUAUUUACACAUCGGACGUUUUUUUUUCAAGUUUCACAGAAAAGCUUUUGCUUGUUGUUGUUGUUGUCGCAGGGUAACCAAAUGCUAUGUUGUUAUAAACCUUGACCACGAUUUAAGGCAAAUGACUGGCAUAUCGCUUUUUUAUUUUCGAAAAUGUUGACCAAUUUUCGCAAAACGUCAGGUAUUUAUGUUAACAUUUUUCAAUGCAAUAUUUCGUGCCCUUUUUUAUAACAUUAUUAACAGUAUUUCAUCAAAUUCUAUAAAUUUUAACUAACUCCGAAACUCCAGUCUUAAACUUAGUAACAGUCUCCGAUCUAGUUAUAAUCCAUAAUUCCUUUGGUUUCGGAAUUGUAUUUACCAACUUUUAUAUGUUAAGGCUUUGUUAGUUAGUUAUGAAUACAAUAGACGCCAAUCACUACUCUUGCUUCAACCAAAUCCAAGAAUAAAGGUUAAAUCGCGGUGUGUAAAUACUUUUAACGCAAAAAAAUGUGAGUAAUUACUUUUGACUACUGCGAGUCUUUCGUUCAUUAGCUUAUUUCUCCGCCAUAUUUCUAGCUAUUCCAAACUGACUUCUUUCGCUCAGGAAUAGAUCAAGGUUUACAACAACCAAGCAUUUAGUUACCCUGCGAUCACAACAACAACAAGCAAAACUUUUCGUGUGAAAUUUGUAAAAAAAAAACGUUCGAUGUGUAAAUAAUUUUGACAGAGGUAGUCAUACAUGUACUAGUAUAAAAGUGCUUUAGAGAUUAACAUAUGAUGAACAUAUGUAUGUAGGUAGGUAUUAGUUGCGGUUAUUUAAUUUGCUGAAAUUAGUAUUCGCCACCUUAUGGUGCAGAGUAAUGUGAAAUGCGUACCAAAUCUGAAUUAUUGCACAAUUCGUUUCUAAUUAUUGAAAUAUUUCAAAUUAUGAGCUUCUACUGUAUCUAUAAGUUUUUUUCUUAAUUAAGUUAAACAUUCUCACUAGUUGUCUUAAUUUGUGUAACUAGUUAUCAUAAAAGGAGUACUAUAAUUAACUUUUGUUAUUGUAGAAAUCAAACUCAUAUUUUGAACUCAAAAGAUUAUGUACACAAUAAAACAAAUUACAGUUACACAAAAAUCAUCUUUUAUUAAAGAAUCGUUUACAUCUCAAAACAUCUAAGAAUUUGGCCUGCGACAUUUAUUUCAAUUAUAUCAUACUUUGGCAGUAAAGUUAAAGAAUGUCGAAUACUUUCUAAGAAGUUGAAUAUUCACGCUUUCAUUGCUUUCAACAUAACCGCGACCUGCUAAUAUAUACUUUUUGAACAGAUUACUACAAAGGAACGAUAUAAUGUCAUCAUUUCUACGGGAUUGUUGAAAUUUGAGAACCUUUUUAAAAUGCCAAUAUACCGCUUUGCUCUUGUACCAACAAAAAAGGUGAGUAGCUAUGUAAUUGCAAAUGGUUUCUCUCAGAAUGGACAGUUAACGGAAGAUUUUCAAUCCUUUAUUGGAUACGAGACUCCUCAUUUGCGCUGAGAGAAACGACAAACACAUUGAUCUCAAAUUUGAGCCUUGUAGUCGGGUAUUGAUUGAUCAUAUUGUGCAACGACGUAUUGUACGAAGUUAAAGGAGCAAUUGUUGUUGUAGUGUAUAUUAUAUGUAGCGAAACCUCUUUUCGAUGGACACUAACGGUCAAACCUAAAAGAGGGUCAUUUGUUUGUCCGUCUAAUAGAGGUGUUCGUUAGGAGAGGUUUCUCUAUAUAUAUUAUAUACCUCAGUAAGCAGCCAAAGAUAGUGCUAUUAUUUAGCACUCUAAACCUUUACCGCUCUAAACCUCGGAAAGGAAAUUUUAAGACUACAAUUUGGUAGAAACAUAUUUUUUUUUUAAUUAGUUGAGAUUUAAACUAAUUUUUUCAAUACCUAAUUCGCGCAUUAGAGUUUUCUUUUAUAUACAUAUAUGUAUGUCAUUAUCAAUCUCUCUUUCAAAACAUGUACAUAUACAGUUGAACCUCCCCAACAAACAUCCAUAACAUAAUCCACAAAAAAACUUCAAGUUAGAGAGACUUCGAGUUAUGGAAACUAAUUUGUAUUUGUAUUUGUGGAAAUUCAACUUUAUUUCCAAAUAUUUUUUCUUUUAAUAUUCAUAUGUAAAUAAAAAAAAUGUAAUAAUGCUUAGAAAAAUUAGAUACUUAACUGUAGUAUUUUUUUAACUCAAUAUAAGUAUGCGUUUAAAAGUUUCAUUCUAAUUUAAGUUGCGCUUGGUAUUCUUUCGACAGUUUAUUGUACUUUUUUAUUGCAAAAAUAAUCAACAUUCGCAAAUUUAUGAUAAAUAUUUUUUUAUUUUACUUUCAUUUCUCUAUUUUUCUCUUCUCGCUACUUUUUACACUCUCACUCAUACACCAAUAGCUUUAUUCGUAGUCUCUCUACGCUGAGCACAUAUCGGGGAUCAAAAGAGAGGAGGGUUGUAAAACUUCAACUUAACUGAUUCACUGAUUAAAACUCAGUUUAAGCAACAUUCAUACAUUUGUAGUUGUUGUUUAUCAAAUAAUUAUAUGUAAUUUGUAUAAAUAAGCCUAUACAUAUAUUUUUUUAAGAUUUGCUAUUUGAUUUUGUGUUUAAAACUGUCUAAAUUGUUACAAUUUUGAUAAGCUUUUUCACUUACUGUAUAAAAAAAAUAAAAUAAAAAACAAAAACAAAUAUAAAACAAUAUCAAAUUCGGAUUUAAGUAAAGCGCUAAAUCUAACGAAUUAAAACCAGAAAAACAAGCAAAAAACAAUAAAAAUAAAAAUAAGAAAAAAGGAGCACACCUACAAAGAAUUCUUAUAAUAAUUGUAAAAUUAUAAUGAACAGAUUUAUUAUUUUUACUUAAUGUAAUUAGCUUUUAAGUAAAAAAUGAAUUACUUUCUUUUAAGUUCAUGUAAAAGCAGAGAAAAAUUAUGAUUCGUUUAUAGUAGAAUGCAUACAAACAUACAUAUAUAAUGUGUACUAGUUUUGUUAGGAAUAAGGUGAAAUACUCACACAUACACACUACGAAAAUUGUGCAUAUAAGAUAUAAAUUGUGUGUAAACUGUAAUAAAAAAGUGAAUAAAAAAAUUCAAUUGAGAAGUUUUAAUUGCCUGCAAUCGUUGUGUUUAAUAAUUGUCAACAAACAGACGUUCGAAUGCAAAUAAAAUGCACUAGUACUAUAACGCUGCCAAUUAUGAGCAGUAACAAAAACAAAAAGCAAAAAUAAAAAAUCAACAAAAAGAAAUUAUGAAAACAAAUAGUGUAUGUAAUGUGUAAAAUUAUUUAGUUAAUACUAAGAUAAUAUUCAAAUAAAAUUCUAUAUUAAAUAUACAUACAGAAAUGCAAAUAUAUUCAGAAUAAAACGAAUAAAACGAUAUUAUAAAAUGCAAAUAUAUAAACAAUACACAUAUUUAUUGUAUAUGUACAUACAAAUAUGCAUUUCAAUUAGUAAUGAAUUAAGCGUAAUUUGUGCGCAAGCUUGCUUCGCUGGGAGUGUAAGUAAAUUAAUUUACACCACAAAUAUGAGCAUAUCUAUUUAGAAGAUGAUUGCACUUAAUAUUGUAAAAAUGAUAACAGUAAGUUGCUAUACUGAAUUGGUCAACGAGGUGUUAAAAUUAGCUUGGCGACUACCUCUUCGCUGUCCUUAAAUUUCUGUAGCUAUGUCGAUUAGUCGAUGAAAAUAAUUUUAUUUGAGUUCCAAAAAAUAUACGGUAUAACUUUGCCGUUUGACCAUAAAGCAGGAAGGGAAUGAUGAGGGACUCGUAUAGUUUGAUUUUUGUUCGUGGAGAGAGAACUUUACUUUUCAAUUGCCUGCUCAGCCCAAAGUAAACGUUGUUGACGUGGUGACAUGUGAGCCAAGCCGCAAAUGCACUGACUAUUUGUUUGACGGCCGGACCCAUUUACCAUCAAUUUUGCUUCACUUCCUUAUCCAUUCGGGGAAAAAUUAGAACUAACGGCGAGGUUGUUGCCUCCAAUGAUAUCAAUACCAUCGGCGUACGCCAGCAUUUAGCUCUGCAGCUCGUACUAUUUUCUUCAGCAAUAGAUUCAAGAAGUCGCACGAUAGUGAGUCACCCUAUUUGAAACCUCAGUUCUCGAAUGACUCGGAGAGGUCCUCUAUCCUGUCGGAGCUAUUGGCGAUCUCACCAAAUACAGGUUUCCUAUUUUGUUGUUAUUUAUGGUUACAACAAAACAUACACUAAAUAAUUUGAGGAAUUGGUGUCCUGAAUGAAAUGAACGUGUUUCAUUCAGCCCAAAUAUAAGAUUUGCAAACAAAAUCAAAAUGAUGUUCUUUGAAUUGUAAAGUGUAAGUAAGGCAAUUGAACAAUGCUUGUCGUCUGGCAUGAUUCCACAGGCCGAAUGCCUUUUCGUAGUAACAGGGUUCAGUGAGUGGUAUCAAUCCAAACCUUUGCGUUAAUCAGAGCGUUUCAUGUGUCAGGCACACUUUUAUUUAACUGGAUAACUGCGAUCGUGUCCAGGUCCUGCGUAAUAGUAGUGGAUAUUUCUCUCCAAUACAUCAGUGUCACUUAGUCAGGCGGUACUGAAGAUUUAAGAGACUCAUACUCGGAAAACGUUUUCAUUAAUGCGAUUACGUUAAUUGGUGCGUCUAAUAGUAUAAUCCGGUUCCCUUUAGACUCAAAAUAAUUAUAUUCGGUUGGUUUUUUUGUAAUACCAACGAUAAAGAAGACAAUUAAACACACAGUUGAUUAUUUUUUGUUUGUUUACAUUUUUAUUAACUGUUUCUAUUGAGUAGCCUUAACAUGCAAAACUUUAUUUUUAGCAUUUCUUAUGACUUUUGGUGGUCUAGUCAGACAUUUUUUCUAAUGUUCUUUAUUAUUGUGGCAAAAAAAUGAUAACUAUGUAUCCUUACUGCUUUUAAAUGAGAAUUUAGGUUUUAUCUAUAUUCUAAUCAUCAAAUACAAUUGACUAACGACAAAAGGCAAAUAAAUUAAUGUUUAUGAUUUGAAUGUGCUACAAAUGAUAUCUAAACCAUUGACAGAGUAUAUUAGCAAUUUUAAUAACUCUCGGCGAUAACUAAACAUAAAAUUAAAUCCAAUAUCUUUAAAUAAAUAUUGACUAAUAAACGUAAUAUAAUUACUAAAUACCUGAUGGCAAAUUUAACAUCAAAGAAAAAAUAAAACUUUAUAUAAAUACUUCUGUAAUAGGAUGAUUGACGUUGUAUCUAGUGAAUUGUACAUGAAUAGCAGAUGUAUUUUAAGGCUCAUUUCUUGUUGUUAUUUAGCAUUUGGCUGAGCAAAUACGGUAUAGUAUAGGGAUGUAUAAUUUAUCUAUUCGAACGUACAAUACUUUUCUUUUAAGUAGUUUUUACAUACUUAUAUUGUUUAUUUCUCUUUUUUCAUAUCAAUUUGGGUUAUUGUUGGGUUAAGCAGCAGUGGAUAUAAUUUAGUAUUCCAAUCGAAUCAGAAAUUUGGUGCAUAUAUGCAACACGAUGUAGGCUUAGGCGCAUACAAAUCACCUAAUAGUUGCACUUCACAGCUUAGCACAGAUUUCAUUUGUAAAC